CAGGAUCCUGUUGCAAUCCAGUAGAUCACAGCAGCAGCAGCCGCAGCAGCCAGUGGAAACUUUGGGCCGGGCCGUUUCCUGCUGGCUGGAGCUAUCCAGAAGGAUGGGACCCACCGCCCACCGCCAGAAAACCGCAAAAAGCAGCAAAGAGCAGCAGAAAAAACGACGUGGCUCGCCUGCUUCUAAGCCCGGGAAAGGAGACCCCGAGGAGAUCAAAGGAGGCGGUGCUGUCAAAUUGGAGCCUGCGGUGGCGGACUAUUUCCGCCAGGCGCACGAAACCUUCAAAUCUGGCUUUGCCUCCGAUGAGGAGAAAAGUCUGUUUGUGAGCAACGUCCUGACGGAGGCCACCGAUGCGGCGUUGCCGCUGGCCCUGGAUGCCUCGGGGUCUCUGUUCCUCCAGGCCCUGCUGCCGUCUGCUUCCGGGGCCAGCUUGGAGCCUCUGCUCCGGGCCCUGCUCCCCUCCCUGCGUCCGGCCGCCUGCCACCCUUGCGGGGCCCACAUCUUGGAAGGGGCCCUGUGGAGGGCCCCAGUGCUGAUCUCGGAAGGAGGCGAGGAGGCCCAGGCGCUGGAAGAGCUCGUCCUGGAUCUGGGGAAGAGUCUUCGGGAGGAGUUAUCGACUUUCGCAUUGGACGCCCACGCCAGCUUUGUGGUGCGGACCCUGCUGCAGGUCCUGGGAGGAGCCCGCGUCGGGUCGGACGGAGGACGGGGGCUCCCGGGCUCAGGGGCUCUUCGUCCCGGGGCCAAGAGUUCGAAGGUGGGGAGUGAAGGACCAGCGGUGUUUGAGGUCCCUGUGAGUUUUCUCUCCCUCUUGCGGGAAUUCAAAGGCUGCUUUCAGGAACAAAUUUCAGAUUUCAUCACCAACAAAUGUUUCAGCCUCUGCCUGCAGGUGGCGCUGGAGAUCCUACACCGAAAGCUGCCUGCAGAGUGUGCUGAGCUCUGCCAGGCCCUGAUUGGCUACCUGAGCAGCUGUAACCCGGCUGCUGAGCAAAGCAACCUCCUGGUGUUUCUGAAGGACGCGACCUGCAGCCGAGUUCUGGACAAAGUCUUGGAGGUGUCGGAUGUGAAGGCGUUGCGCUCGUUCUACAAGGCUCACGUCAAGGGGCAGCUGCGCGUCCUGGCGGCUCACAAAGUGGCCAACUUCACUUUGCAACGGCUCAUCCAGGCCGCCUCGCGUAAACUGCUGGGGCAUCUAUUUCAGGAGCUGGGCCCCGGCUUGGAAGAAAUCCUGGCCCUGGAGCAUCUCGGCAUCGUCACGGCGCUCCUAGGCGCCUGCCGGAAACACGGCGCCCACCAGCCGGAGGUGUUGCAGCUCCUCUUGGAGGCCUUCCACUGUUGGGAGCCCCCCGCCCGUCAACUGGUCUGCGCCCCCCUCCUCGCCUCCGUCCUGGCGUACGAGGUCUACUUUGGGGAGGAGGAAGAGAAGGAGCAGGAAGGUGCGACGCCCCCGGCCCUGAGCGCCGUCUCCUACCACGGCUCCCUGAUGCUCCAGCAUCUCCUGCACUUCGCAGACCCUUCCCUCGUGCUGGGCAGUUUGGCCGCCAUGCCGCCGGCGGACCUGGUAACGUUGGCUUGCGAUCCCUCCGGGAGCCACGUCUUCGACGCCCUCUUGGCCAGCCCCUCCGUCUCCAAAAAGUCCAGGCGGAAAGUGUUGCGCCAGCUCAAGGGCCACUUCCUGCCUCUCGCCUGCUCCAAGCACGGAAGCCGGGUUCUGGAUGCCAUCUGGAGCAGAGCCAGCCUGCCAGCCAGACGGGAGCUGGCUCAGGAGCUGGCGGAGCACGAGCCCCAGCUGCGACACGACCCCUUCGGCCACCACCUCGUCCGUAACUUCGCCUUGACCCAUUUCCUCAAACGCCGUCGGGACUGGGACAGCCACCAGCAAGCGGAGAAGAAACGGAGGGAUCUUUUCGCCGAGAUCCUGGAGGAUUGAACUGGGGUUUGGUUGGCCAAAGGCGGGAUUUUAUUUUUAAUUUUUUUAAUUUAAUUUUUUUUUGGUCGACCGAUGGGAUCAAGAGGACUAGCUCCUUAGGCGGGCUUUGUGUUUCACGCCCUGCCUGAAUCUGCCCAGAAGAGCCUUUGAAAAAAGUCUCCUUCGCCCUCAGGGAUGUGGAUGGGAUAGGAAUCGUUCCUGUCGCUCUUGGAUAGCUCGUGAUGGGAACUGUAGUCCAAAAGAAAGAAAGAAAGAAAGAAAA